CAAAUAUAUACAGAAAAACUCUGUAAAAAAGAUCUCGGCUCUGGCAUUUUGCUGCACUUAUUGCAUAUUUUAAAUAAAAAAAAUGGUGUUUGUUGAAAGAGUCAUUCCAUUGAAUACUGCAGCAAAAAAAAAACAUAAUUGUGUGUCGCCGCUUAGAGCAAUGUGAUGAUAUAAAUGACCUACGCACAAAACUGGAGAAUGAUUUGACAACAUCUGUAGAUGAACGACAUUUAAAACAAAAUAUCGUUUAUGGUUUGCGUAAAAUUGGCCACAGGUAUUGGUCACGGGCAACCGUUAAGUUUAUUCGAAAAGAUGACCAUGUCCCGGUAUUACAAAAAUUAGAUGAGAAUGGAACCAUUGACUUUGAUCCAACCAAAAUGCAAGUGCGUAAAAUUCAAAACGAUGCCUUGAAAAACCAAGAAUUGGGUCUAUUGUUGUUUAUAUACGCCGUUGGCGUGUAUGAUUUUGAUAGCGAGUUUACUUUAAUUUUUGAAGAAAUGCUCAAAAAUAAAAAUGUUACUGCCGUUUUCAAUCUAUUGGAGGCUAAACCGAAUAAAAUACACGAAUGUUAUAUCGGUGAUUUUUUGUGUGAAUUCAGAGGAAAAUUUUUAUCGUUUCGAGAAAUUUUAAUUAGUCAAAAAAUCACAUACCCUUCACGUGUACAAGAGAACUUGAACCAGAAAAUUUUCCAAUCCCGUGCCGAAAUUUUAGCAGGUCGGAAUGAAGUAAAUUCAAUUUUGACAGCACACAAUAAGAGCAAAGUGACUGAACCAAACGUGCCAAACGAGCCGUAUGAACCUAUCUACAUACUUGGUGGUCGAUUUCACAUUCUAGAAAUCGUUGGCGAAGGAUCAUAUGGUAUUGUUGCAAAGGGCCGAGAUCAAAAAACGGAAGAAAUUAUUGCCAUUAAAAUGUUCAAACAUAGUUUAUUUGGAUUUGAUUCGAAGAAAACGGAAAAUCUAAACGAGGCUAAACUUCUUCAAAGCAUCAAUCACACUAAUGUCAUAGAAUUGAUUGACGUUAUUGAUGACAUCGAUGGAUUAUGUUUAAUUUUCCCGUUCGUUGGACAAGUAAAAAUUUGUGAUCUCGGUUUAUCGGUUGAAUUUGCCUCAAAUGAAUAUUUUAUGGAAAUAUGUGGUACGCGCUCAUAUAUGGCACCUGAAAUUUUUCUCAAAUAUGGAUAUAAUCAUAUGAUAGACAUAUGGGCCACCGGUUGUAUCGUAGCUGAAAUGAAAUUAAAAGACAUUUUCAUUCCACGCGCCAUUUCUAAUAAAGAGCAGCUCAUUAAUAUUUUCAAAGUACUUGGAACACCGACUGAGUCAGAAUGGUCUGCUUACAACUGGUCAUGGCGGUUUGGCCAAUACAAAGGAAAACAAUUGGAAAAUAAGUUUGACAUUGAACUUUUGGAUUUUCUCAACAGUAUGAUUCGUUACAAUCCAUCUAAACGUUCUACGGCUGGGGAUCUUCUGAAACAUCAAUUUAUUGUUCGACUUUGAGUUUAUACUAAACUAAAAUGGAUGGAAUUUAUUCUAAAAAUUAUUAAUUUUCACUAAGAACUUAUAUUUUGAGAUAGAAAUGAUUUAAUUAAAAAAAUGUAAAUGUAUCGAAUUCGGUUUAC